AUGCCUAAGGACCCUCAACAGGUCAUUAGACUCAUGGCACCCUUUUCAAUGAGAUGUAAUAGAUGUGGAGAGUAUGUUUACAAAGGAAAGAAAUUCAACGCUCGUAAAGAGACUGCUCAAGGUGAAGAAUAUUAUGGAAUUAAAAUAUUCAGAUUUUACAUUAAAUGUCCAAUGUGUUCAUCCGAAAUAACAUUCAAAACUGAUCCUAAGAAUGCAGAUUAUACAUGUGAACAAGGAGCCACAAGGAAUUUCGAAAAUUGGUCAGAAAAUUCAAAAGCUACACAUCUGCCAGGUGCAGAGGCGGAUGACGAAUAUGAUUCGGAUGGUAAUCCAUUAGAAUCAAAGAUCGAGAAAGACGCAAUGGCAGAUUUAGAAAGAAGUCAAGAGCAAAGUAGGAGAGAAAUGGAAGCAAUGGAUGAAUUAGCUGAUCUAAGGCAACGUAAUGCAAGGUUGGAAUUAUCGAAUGUUUCUGCAGAUCCAGAUGCAAUGUUAGCGGCUUUACAUGCGGAGAGGGUUUCGGUUGAAGAAGAAAACAGGAGAAAAGCUGAAGAAGACGAGGAUGAUGCUUUGGUCAAACAAUUCUUCUCCAAAGUCCCUGCAACUGGCUCAGCACCAACCGUUCGCAAAAAGAAGUCGAAACCUGAUUCACCGGAUGGAGAGGUUGAUGGUCUUGUAGAAGAUCAAGGCAGUGAAGAAGGAAGUGAAGAAGAGACUGCUUUGCCUGCUGCUCUAACUAUCAAACGUCGCCCUGCACCUGGUAACGCCACUGGAAUAGCUGAACCUUCAGUAGCUAGUAUCUUAGCUGCGAAAGGGAAAGUAUUAGAUGGUCAAUCGAAUGGCAGUAAUGCUCCAGCUGCAGCACCGGCACAAGCUAAAAGGAAAAGAGAGGGAAUGCAGAAACUGCUCGGUAUCAAGAAGAAGGCAAAGGCUUAG